AUGAUACUCAGUUUCCGAUAUCGUAUUCCUGAUUUUGUUAGCUCCACUGAAGCUCUUUCAGAGACAAUGGCGGACUCUACCACUGACCAGCCUGUGCUCCGCAAUGGAUCACAAGGUUAUCGUAUUCCCCUGCUUAUCAACGAUGCUCCAGUUUUGAGAGAGGAAGAUACUUCACGACACCAAUCAUUUGAGGGAGGGUACUUCCAGGGUGCUGGUAUAUCCGACUGUGCGGAUGCUGUGGCGAGUUGCAGCAAAGCAUUCGUGACUUGGUCUACAACUUCUCCGACCCAUAGACGCGGUCUUCUCUUACGCCUAGCACAGGUGCUGAAGAACCAUCAGCAUGAGGUCCAAAAUAUUAUGAAGUCUGAGAUCCACUGCGACGAUCUAUGGGCAUCUAUCGGUGUCACUACCAGCAUCGAUUUGAUCGAACAGACUGCAUAUCUGCUCACAGCGGGGAGCAUGAGUGGCACCAUCCCGCACACCCAACCUGAAGGGUCGUAUGGUUUGGUGUUCACUCGUCCUUUGGGGGUUGUUCUGGGAAUUGCUCCCUGGAACUCUCCUCUCUUCUUGGCCCUUCGAGCAGUCAUUGCCCCGCUGGCUGUUGGGAACACUGUUAUUCUCAAGGGAUCUGAGCUUAGUCCCCGUAUACAUUACUUCGUCGCCGGGUUGUUCGCAAAGGCUGGUUUCCCUCCUGGUGUCGUCAAUUUCAUCCUUCAUCGACCAGAAGAUGCCCCUGAGGUAGUUGGUUAUCUCAUUCGAGACCCCGCUGUCAGAAAGGUCAACUUCACUGGCUCUACUCCAGUUGGAAGUAGCAUUGCUGAGCAAGCGGGACGGGCUCUGAAGCCGGUAUUGCUGGAGCUUGGUGGGAAGAACUGCUGCAUUGUCUUGAAGGACGCAGACAUCGGUCGUGCAGCAGAAGCGGCUCUUGCAGGAGCAACACUAAAUGGCGGACAGAUAUGCAUGUCUACGGAUCUUGUCCUAGUGGAAAAGGAUGUCGUAGAUGAGUUUCGUGCUGAGCUUACGAAGCUUCUGCAAAGCAAGAACGGCUCGGCGUACCGACUUGUUGGACCGAAGAGCCAGUCGAGAGUACAAGCUUUGGUCUCCGAUGCAGAAGCCAAGGGAUCUUCUGUCAAGUCUUCUAAGGAGCACCAGACCGACUCAAACCAGGUCCCCGUCACAAUCCUCGAUAACAUCAACAGCUCUAUGAAUUUCUUAUGCACGGAGAGUUUCGGUCCCUGUCUUGGAAUCGUCGCGGUCUCUGACAGAGAAGAGGCUGUCAAGAUUGUCAAUGAUAGUGAUUACGGGCUGUCUGGUGCGAUAUGGACACGGAAUCAGUACGCAGCUUUGGAAAUGGCGCGUCGACUGCAAGUUGGCGCGGUGCAUAUCAACUCGUCUACGGUUCAUGAUGAAGCGACUCUGCCUCAUGGAGGAACGAAGCAGAGCGGAUUUGGAAGAUUUGGUGCCGAAUGGGGGUUGAAGGAAUUCGUUGAGACGCAGACAGUUAUCAUGCAUGCGUAA